UUCAGUAUAAUAAUCAGUCACGUUACACUAUAAUCAUGGGUUUACCUCCCCUCACGAACAGGGUGCACGGAAUUCAAUAUGGAGUUGGAGCGGAUUGCGUAUUUACGAUGGUAUGCAAUAAUAAAUACUUCGAAGUUUCCUUAUCCGCCGACUCGAAGGCGGGGACUCUUGAACGGGGUUACCUUGACCGGAUCGAAGCCAACUUGGAUGAAGCUUCCGAACUCGAUGUCAUUUUCGAAGAGCUGGGCGAUAUCAUUGCUAUCAAGUGUCAGCCAUGGUGUCGAAAGUUCGCUGGCGACCUGAAUGCCCCCAAGGUGCUUUCCGACAUUGUCAGACCUCCUGUUGCUUUUCUUCGAUUGGCAACGGUCGAUGGAGAGUUGCAAGUUGUACAGGAUGAUAGCUCAAAGAGAUGUACGAAUCGCGCAUUCCAUGGGCUAUCUGUGGACGAUUUCUCCGACAUACCUAUCUAUAAGCUCUCCGAGAUCAGCCUGCUUGAGGUGCUUAAAACCGAUGCAGUUUUCAAAGUUGACGUUCGAAGGACUACGAUGUGUGCGAAAGUCGCGAUGCGACAAUCCCUGUGUCCACCUAUCCGACGAGAGAUAAAUACUCUACGACGCAUUCAAGAGCGACGUGUUCAAGAGAAUACACCGGCAGAUCACCACCGUAUUCCAUCGCUCAUUGGGCUCAUCGUGUCGGAAAAUGGGGUUUUGGGGUUUUUGAUGGAAUACAUAGAAACAGUACCCCCAGUUUCUAGUCUUGCGUGGUGCAAGAGAGAAUCCGUUACGAUGAGGGAAAGGAAGAAAUGGUAUUGCCAAGUCAGAGAUACGUUGAACUGGAUUCAUAGCAUGUCAUUGGUAUGGGGCGACAUCAAAGCUGAAAAUGUUCUAAUCGAUGAAGAGGGUAACGCAUGGAUUAUCGACUUUGGAGGAAGCUACACAGAUGGGUGGGUCGACCAACAUCUCGUUGAGAAGGAGGAAGGCGACUUGCAAGGGCUUGAACGACUCAUGAAGUUCCUUGAGCUCCAAUAGUUAAUUUUCCGUUACCAUCAUACGAAUCUUCCCGUAAUACAUAAGAUUUUGGCUUGAUCGCCGCCAUCUAUCUUCCUACGCUGGACUUGGCUAGCACUAUGUAUACUUUACCCGUACGAGUAAAUCGCAACAUGCAACUCCUCGUAGCCUCGUCUUUGUACCAAAA